AAUAAUGGUAAUUGUUAUAUCGGGAAUGAGGGCAUUUCUCGAAUCUGUUCUCGUCGUUUGGACCAAAAUGGUCGAGAUCUUGAAUCUCGGCUUCUCCUGUUCCUUUUAGGUCCAUUUUUUAAUCAGUUUCCACAAUCAUCGGAAGAUCUUCUUCUUCCCUAGACGAUCUCCAAUUCUCGACGGAUUGGAGUUGAGCAGGAAGAGAGGUGAUUCCGUCGGCUCCGAAUCCGGUGGGUUCAUGUUCUGAGUAUCUUUUUGGAUCGUAAUAUGAAGUCCAAAGGUCUAGAGAAAAAAAGUUAAUGGUUAUGGAGUGUUGUUAUGAGUGGCAAAAAUCAUGGUGCUGUGUCUAGACUGGUUGAAGCAUUUGAUCACUAUCCUUGGGAAGUGCUGUGAUCUUGAAUUGUACAAGCCCCAAAGAGGCAUCGAGGAACUUGAACAGUUAGCCAGACAAACUGUGUUUAGCGUGAGCGAAAUAGAAGCUUUGUAUGAGCUGUUUAAAGGGAUCAGCACUGCUGUCAUUGAUGAUGGGUUGAUCCACAAGGAAGAAUUCCAGUUGGCAUUAUUUAAGACUAAAAAGGAGAGCUUGUUUGCUGAUAGGGUGUUUGAUAUAUUUGACACAAAGCACAAUGGAGUACUGGGGUUUGAAGAGUUUGCACGUGCCAUGUCAGUCUUCCAUCCAAGUGCUCCUAUUGGUGACAAAAUUGACUUUUCCUUCAAGUUAUAUGAUCUCAAGCAGCAAGGUUUUAUUGAACGUCAAGAGGUGAAGCAAAUGGUUGUGGCAACCCUUGCCGAAUCUGGAAUGAAUCUUUCGGACGAUGUCAUAGAAAGCAUCAUUGACAAGACGUUUGAGGAAGCAGAUACCAAGAAUGAUGGGAGAAUCGACAAAGAUGAAUGGCGCAAUCUUGUCUUGCACCAUCCCUCUCUUCUGAAGAAUAUGACUCUACAAUACCUCAAGGACAUCACAACAACAUUCCCGAGUUUCAUUUUUCAUUCUCAAGUUAAUGAUACAUAGGACUGCCAUAGCUUCCACUCUUACAAGAACAAGAUCAACAUGCGACUGCUGUUUCAAGAUCCUUGUCCAAGAAAUGAAUUACUCGGAGUCUCGUGUGCACUGACGGAUUCGGAACAGAUCUUAUUUCCUUGUUGAAUUUUCCUCCCAUUUCUCCCAUUAUUUAUGCUUCUUAAUUUGUAUUUGUUAAAUCUGCUGAAAUAUAUAUCAUUCCUUGUGUUACUUGACGUUU